UUAUUACGUCACCCGGCCGCUCCUUGAGUAGGGAGAGAAGAUGGCGUCGGCCUCGGAGGCGACCAUCGCAUCACCGGAGUCGGUUUGUGAAUCGUCACCGGAGUCUGCUGAGCAGGUGCAGGAUAUCCCUUGCAGUAGUGCAGAGGGUGAGACCUCAGCUGCACAGAAACGGGAAGAAAGACUGAAGAGAUUCCGUGAUCUCCAUCUUAAGCGGAAUGAAUCUCGGAAAUUAAAUCACCAGGCAGUGACAGAAGAGGACAGGCAGUUAAAGCUACCAGCCAAUUGGGAGUCCAAAAGAGCGCGAUUGGAAUGGGAGGUAAAGGUGGAAGAGAAAAAAAAGGAGUGUCUAGAAAAGGGAGAAGAUUAUGAACGAGUUAAGCUAUUAGAAAUUAGUGCUGAUGAUGCAGAGCGGUGGGAGCGAAAGAAAAAAAAGAAAAAUGCAGAUCCUGGAUUUUCAGAUUUUGCAGCUGCUCAGUUCCGGCAGUAUCAAAGAUUAGUGAAGCAGAUUAAACCAGACAUGGAGCAAUAUGUGAAGCAAAGGAAUGAUACUGGAGAAGAAUUUUAUGCAACUGCAAAUAGUCUAUUGCAUGGCACACAUGUUCCCACCAAGGAAGGAGUGGACAAACUAGUGGCAGAUGUUGAUAAACAAAUUGAGAAGCGUGCCAAGUAUAGCAGACGACGGCGUUACAAUGAUGAUGCUGACAUUGACUAUAUUAAUGAGAGAAAUGCCAACUUCAACAAGAAGGCCGAACGCUUCUAUGGAAAAUAUACUGCAGAGAUCAAGCAGAAUUUGGAGAGGGGGACAGCUGUUUAACAUGCUUUCCCUACAGCUUCAAAUGGUCAACAGUGCGGAAAUCUGGACAAGUGUUAUACCUUUGUACUACGUCAAUUCUAUUUUCAGCUGGUGCUGCAGAAUCUUUCAUGCAUUUAUAUCAAUAAGGGAUCAAUUUCUUAUAGAAAUACUGUCGCAUAAUGGUGCAAUAUGCUUUUCAAUUGCUGAUAAAGUUUAUAAAUUGCUAUGUUUUAUAAAAUCCAUCCAGGCUCCAUGUAGAUUUUUUGGGGGGAAGCAACUACCAGCGAUCGUGUAAUUUAAGUUCAUUUGAUGCUAACACGUAGUCAAACGUUUCUCAAAGAUUUAAGUUUCACUGCUCAGAGCUAACAUUUUUAUCAUUAAAUCUUUUUAAUUCAAACAUUCACAAACAUAAACAAAUACAAGAUGUUCUUUGUUUAUUUAUUGUGCAGGUUGGUAAUUUGCAGGUUGCUAAUCUGAUUAUGGUUUCUGUGAAAGAUUUUAAUCAGCUAGUAAAUUGAUUAUUUGGACUGCUAAAGCUGUUUUCUUUUCCUUGUAUUUAUUCACUAAACAGCUUGUGUAAGUUGUAUAGCUAAAAUGAGCUUCAUGUUAAAAUGUUCUAUGUUUAUAAGCUCUUUGCCAUUAAAAGUAGUUGCAACAAAUA